UCGUAACUAAAGACUCAUGAAUUGGCGCGCAGCGUCUUAUUCUGCGUGUUUUCUAUAUUACAUCGUGCAAAUGGUGGCUUUCGUGAUGUUUUGUUCAAUGUUUCUUUGUUCAAAUUAACCAGUCUUUAUUGUACGUCGUGUUUAACAGAAAUAAAUACAGGAUUUGGUGUUUGCUUUUCAACUUGAAAAAGCUUAUCAUCAAUAUGGUGAAGCUUCACAAGAAAUUUUUUGCGGGUGACAAGGUUUUCGCAAAAGUUCGAGGUUAUCCACCGUGGCCAGCAAAAGUUGAAAGAGUUAUUGAUCCCACUUCAAAAAAUUCAAAGUAUAGCGUUUAUUUCUAUGGCACAGGGGAAACAGCUGUGUGCAAAGUGGAAGAAUUAUAUACUUAUGUAGAAAAUAAAGCAAAAUUUGGCAAACCACUCAGAAGGAAGUUUUUUCACGAAGGUUUAAUACAAUUAGAGCAAGAACUUAAAAAUGACAGAAAUAAAGCAUCAAAUCUUGAUGAUCUUAAAGAAGCUGGAAUUGGUGAUGAAGCAGCUAAAGAAGGUGAUACAAAUUUACCAACAGUCAGUGCUGCAGACAGUGAUACAGAAACAGGCCUUGUUAUUGACCAGGAGGAGAAAAAGAAACCUAUGAAAAGGAAGACUUUUUCUGCUGCAGAUAGACCUGAGGUAAAAAAGAGACGUGGGAAAGCGAAGUCGUUAUCUGCAUCUACAAGUGAUUCAGUAAGACAAGAAGCAUUGGAUUCUCAAGGAGAAGAAUCACCAAAAGAAGUUGUAAGUCGCAGUGGUAGGAAAAUUAAACCCAAACGGUUUGCUGAUUUUUCAAGUUCAGAAGAGACAGAUAAUACAACAGAUAAAAGUGAACAUGGAAGAGGUCGUUCUAAAGCUAAAAUUGAAGAUUCCACUGAUCAAGUAACACCUAGUGUAAUGCAUAAAAAAAGAGUUACUAUGGAAAAAAAAAAUAAUUUAGAUGAAGCACCCAUAUUGGAAGGUACUGUAGUUUCUGGUACCACAUCAUCAGACACCCCGGGACGACUUCUUUUGGCUUUGACAUUUGCUGGUGAAUAUGUAGGAAUCAAAUUGGACAUGGAUAAACCAAAAUCUUUUGAAAGUGAAAAAGCUCAAAAACAAUGGGAUUGGUCUACUGCUAGAAAUGCCAUGAAAUUGAAAGCACAAUUGGAAAGCGGUGAAAUUUUACCAGAACAAGUAAAAGAUUAUUUGGAUUUUAAUGUACAUGUUCCAGACGAAGAAAAACGAUUAUUAGCAAAGGACGGGGCACUUCAUCGUAAAACGAAUAAACUAAGAUGGCUUCGUAUAGAAGCACAACUUUUACAGUUGGACGCUCAAAUUAAAUCUAAUCUCGGAUUAGAUCGAGCGUAUCCCGAUAAGUGUUUACAAGCAAUGGAUGAUAUGUUAUCACUUUCAAUUGAUCCUUUAAUGUUGAAAAAACAUCCUCAUAUUGUGGGAACCGUUAAAAGGUUGCGUCGAUAUAUUGGUAAUUUAGCCGAUUGGAAAUUAAACGAUGAAGAGGAGGCUAUUUUCAAACAAAAGGCAGAACAAAUUAGACAAAAAUCUGAACAUAUAUACAACAAGUUUAAGGCUAUGUUUACUAUACCUGAAGGGCAAUCAUUUUGGCAAUCGUUUUCGGAUCAAGUAGUCCAUUUUAAAGAGUUAACAAAAGAUAUGCCUGAAGAAAAAGUAUUUUCUUUAAUGUCUGAUCCCGCUUGUCCAGAUGCAGUUGUAUCAGAAGAGUCACCUGCAGAUGAAAGUGGUAGUCAUCCAGAUACAAAUGUUGCAGUUAAAUCGGAAGUGCCUACAUGGAAUGAAACUCCAAAAGAAUCAGAGGCCAAGCAAUACCAAAAAAGAAGAAAAUAUUUCUAAAGAUUAUAUGAGUGUCUUCACGUUACAUUAAACUUGUCUACUUAAGUAACACCAGAUACCAAUGUGUAUAUAAAAGAAGGAAAAGUUGGAAACUGUAAUACUCCCCUAUAUGCAAAAUUCAGAGAUAUAAUAUGUCGUAGAGAUUUAUAAUUAAUUGUAUGAUUUAUUGGUUUCAAACUAGAAUUUUAAUAAUACUUAUUAGGAAUAAAACUUCAUAUUUUCAAUUGCGUUUUCAUGGCACUUUAAAGGCAUAAUUUGAACAAUCAUUUGAAUAAAAAUGAGAAAAUACGUAUCACUUUUUUAUAUGAAAUAUUGUUGUAUAUGAAUUAAACAUUUUCUAACAAUUCAAGAUAUGUUUAUAAAGCUGUUACCAUUAUCGGAUUGUACAAAUUAGAAAAAUAGUAAUUUUUGAAUUUCUGAAGGAAAAGUUACAAAUUGUAAGUAAUUUGAUGUGGGGAAAUAUUCAUUUUGAGUAAAAUUUUUCAGAGCAAAAAUUCUCUGAACUAAUGGUUACAAAGUUACGAUUGUAAAUUAUAAAUUACAUUUUUAUAAGAACUAAAGAUAAAAAAAUAGACAAUUUAUUUAUAUUCAGUAUCGUUUAUGAUUCAAUGCACAAUAAUAGUUUAACCUCAUUCGUUGUUUCUUUGUGAGGAUAUUAUAUUUAAAUUAAACAUAGUAGCUAUCCUAAUAACAUAAUGUACUUUUGUAAACAUUUGUCGAAAAAAGGAUGUUGUAAAAGUGAUAUUGUUAAUAAAAACAAAUUGACGUA